AUGUCUGUGGAGUCGAGUUCAGGUGAUCAUGGCGGGCAUAAUAUCAAGGGGGUCCCCACUCAUGGUGGGAGAUAUGUUCAGUACAAUGUGUACGGAAAUUUGUUUGAGGUUUCCAGAAAGUACGUCCCGCUGAGGCCCGUGGGACGCGGGGCUUAUGGUAUUGUUUGUGCCGCUGUAAACUCAGAGACACGUGAAGAAGUUGCUAUUAAAAAGAUUGGGAAUGCAUUUGACAAUAGAAUUGAUGCAAAGAGAACAUUGAGGGAAAUUAAACUUCUACGUCACAUGGAUCAUGAUAAUGUGAUUGCAAUUAAAGACAUUAUACGCCCCCCACUGAAAGAAAACUUUAAUGAUGUCUACAUUGUGUAUGAACUUAUGGAUACUGAUCUUCAUCAGAUUAUCCAGUCAACCCAACCAUUGACUGAUGACCAUUGUCGGUACUUUCUUUACCAAAUCCUUCGAGGGCUCAAAUACGUUCACUCAGCUCACGUCUUGCACCGUGACCUUAAACCGAGCAAUUUACUGCUCAAUGCUAAUUGUGAUCUGAAAAUCGGGGAUUUCGGGCUAGCCAGGACAACAUCAGAAACUGAUUUCAUGACUGAAUAUGUUGUGACUCGCUGGUAUAGAGCACCUGAAUUGCUCCUAAAUUGUUCAGAAUACACUGCUGCUAUUGAUAUAUGGUCUGUGGGUUGCAUACUCGGUGAAAUCAUGACGAGAAAACCUCUUUUUCCUGGCAAAGAUUAUGUACAUCAGCUGAGACUUAUAACUGAGCUUAUAGGCUCUCCAGAUGAUGCGAGUCUCGGUUUCCUUCGAAGUGACAAUGCGCGAAGGUAUGUUAGGCAGCUUCCUCAGUAUCCUAGGCAACAAUUUGCUGCUCGAUUUCCCAACACUUCUGCUGGAGCUUUGGAUUUAUUAGAGAAAAUGCUCGUUUUUGACCCAAGCAGGCGUAUCACUGUUGAUGUGGCUCUGUGUCAUCCGUACUUGGCUCCUCUUCACGACAUAAAUGACGAGCCAGUUUGCCCUCGACCUUUUGUUUUCGAUUUUGAGCAGCCAUCAUUUACUGAGGAGAAUAUCAAGGAGCUCAUAUGGAGGGAGUCCGUUAAAUUCAACCCUGACCCGUCUCACUGA